AACACGUGACACAGUCCACAUUGGGCUCCAAAUUUGAAAACGUGGUUGGUAGUUGCCUGGCCUGCAGAUUAACAUGCAACGUUAGCAAACAGAAACGACGAUAAAGGGUGCAAGCUGAGACCUGUACCGGAGGAAACACAUUGACGACAGAGUUCACGGCCUUUGCAUUAACGUCAGACCACUUUUGUAAAUUGUCAGUUGACAUCAUCCCCACUUGGUGAAUACGGUGUACGGGAAGGACUGCACACAGGAGGAGAAAAAUGCAGUGCACUCCUGAAUCAAAAGUCUACAUUGAGAGCAGCAAAGGCCAGCAUUGUUAUGAUGACUGCGCUGACAGUGGAUACUCAGGUUUAUUCCACAGCCCCCAGAGCAUAUGUGGGGUUGACUCCUGUCUGUCUUUGUCUCCAGUGGAAUUCUGUGAAACGCCUAAAGAGAACCUCCGGCUUGCUGUCCCACCUAAGGAGAGCACCAGGGAUGCAGUUGGAAAACAGCGGCCAUCAGCAGUUGGCUGGUGUGAAACUCCUAAAGUAUACAAAAGAGAUGGCUCAUUGCGACACAGACUUCUAUUGUGCAAACCCAGCACAGAUAUAAAAACUGAUAACACAAGAUCACCAUGCACCAGAAGGACUGAAUCUUCAUUCAGUGUCAGGUCUGAACACUGGCUCAGUGCGUCAUUUGACUCUCUAGACACAUCAAGCACUUUAAAAUUGGAGCAGGAUCUGCCACUAUCUGGUAGGAAACGUCGUAUCCUCUUCACGCAAGUGAGGACCUCCACACUUGAAGAUGGUAAACUCAACUCUGGUUACCUUUCCAGUUUUGAGAGAAGAGUUUCACUCUCUGAUGCAGAUUUCAGUGAGAGCAUUUCUGCCUUUGAUCAAAGUAAUAUUGAGACUCCAUGCUUUAUCAAAGCCCUGCCUGCCUCAUCUAAGGAACACGCUCAAUCACCAGUCAGCAGUGUGACAAAUGACAUGUAUGACAGCUCAAGUGUCUUGGGCACACCUUCAUCCACACAUACACCCAAAUAUAUCAGGUCUGUGUGUGAAGACAGUGGCUUUAGUUCCCUGGCCCUUGAUAAAUCCCAAGACUCCUUUGUGGACCAUGACGGCUCAUUUCUUGAGCUGCUGCUCUCUGCCUCCAGAGGAAACUGUGAAACCCCAAAUCUGGCAGAGGCAAAGCGGCGCUCCCGUUUGCAGCGUCAGCACAGGCUUUCUACACUUAAAGAAGGUGGCUCUCAGUCUGAGGAAGACCCAACGGAGAGAAAGCAUGAACAUCUUUAUCGGUGCCACAGCCAUUCUAAAGAGGAUGAUGUUUUUGCUGAUGAUGCCACCCCUUGCAGUAUCCUUUCUGCUAAAAGUGGUAAUAGUCUGACGUCUGAUAGUUCGACCGCUUCAAAACAAGACAAUGCCACCCCACUAAAGGCAACAACCAAGCCAGAAAACAUGACACCUGCUAAUCCAAAUGUAACUCCUCUUAUGACAACCCCAGUCAAUCUGUCUCUGACUCCAGCUUUGCAGCUGGUUCAUGCUAUGUGCCAAAGGAAAGCCCAAAUGUUUGCUGGCCAAAGUCCAAGCCUAAAGGAGCAGCUGAAGUCCACAGCAGCACUGGCUGAGACCCCGGUGACGUUCAGGACCACUAUGCCAUUGGCAGGGCUGAUCGGCAGGAAGAUGGGCCUCAGGAAGGUGGACAUACUCUCAGAGCUGAAGAAGAGGAACCUCCGGCACAUCCUGGCUGUCAUCCUCAGCCACCUGACCCCCGAGAGCAUUUACAGGUGUGGUCAGGUUUGCAAGAGAUGGAAUGAAAUCAUCCAACAAGACAAGCGAGCUAGUUUUAAGAGAAGAGACCACCUGAGUGAGAUGGAGGCUGCUCUUGAGCUUGGUGGCGCUGUCCAUGUCCCUGACGCAGAGACUAGACUCGCUCUGCUUAAGAGGUCGGCCCUCAAGACUGUUCAGGCCCAGUCGAGGACGUCCAGUUUCUGCACCCCGCAGUCAGCAAAUAGCACUUUAACCCCAUCGCAGCACAGCACCUUGAAUUUAGGCAGCAGCCACAAACGGGAGAGAUUUCUGGAAGUUGCCAAAACCCUCUUCAACGAUGAGUGCCUCAAGCCUUGCCCUCGAUGUCAGCAUCCCGCAAGGUGUCACUCAGUGAAACGGGAGGGUGUGUGCAGCAGAGCAGACUGUGGGUUCCAGUUUUGCACAGCCUGUUUGUGUGCUUUCCAUGACUCUAGAGAGUGUGGCAGUCAGUCUGCAGGCCGCCGCAAGAAGGACAUUAUCCUUCCAGGAAGCACUCGAAGCAAGCGAAAUGUUAGGAGACUAUGAGCAGAAAGUGAACUGUAUUCAUUCUUUUGCUAUGAGGAGUCACUUUAGCAUUUUUCUUUGCCUAAAUUGUGAAGAUGAGGCUUAACAACAAAGAGCCAGUACAUGAGAGCAACUUCUGUACUUAUCAUUGUGUCCUUGUAUUGUAUUUUCAUUGUAUUUUCACUUUUUUUUUGUUUUUUCAACACAGUUCUUAUUUGUGUGUUUUUUAAUUAUGAAUGUGAAGGAAGUCUAACCAGCAGAACAAUGAUUUAAUUUUGCUGUUGAUGUACUUUUCCAUACACAUUGAUCAGCUGUACAGAAUGUUUUAUGGAAUUCUUUUUGAGAUUUUCAACUUUUACAAAUGUGUUUUCAGAGCAGUUUUAAAAUAAAUGUGAUCUUUU